AUGGGUACAGGUCAACAUUCUAGGCACUGUGAAGGGAGAUAUGAAACGGAGGUCUGUCUUUCAUUCCUCAAAAAUGAUGACAAUCUCACUGAGGAGUCGGAACGUGCCCCCAAACAAAGAACGCUUCCAACUGGUCCGGGCUGGGUUUGGCCGGGAUGCUGGGCCGGCUCGGCUCACGGGCGGACGUCUGUUGCUGCCGUAGGCAGAGCGGUGAGCCCCAAGUCUGUCUGCGAGGGCUGUCAACGGGUCAUCUCGGACAGGUUUCUGCUGCGGCUCAACGACAGCUUCUGGCAUGAGCAGUGCGUGCAGUGUACCUCCUGCAAAGAGCCCCUGGAGACCACCUGCUUCUACCGGGACAAGAAGCUCUACUGCAAGUAUGACUACGAGAAGCUGUUUGCUGUCAAAUGUGGGGGCUGCUUUGAGGCCAUCGCACCCAACGAGUUUGUGAUGCGGGCCCAGAAGAGCGUGUACCACCUGAGCUGCUUCUGCUGUUGUGUCUGCGAGCGGCAGCUCCAGAAGGGCGAUGAGUUUGUCCUGAAGGAGGGGCAGCUGCUCUGCAAAGGGGACUAUGAGAAGGAACGGGAGCUGCUCAGCCUGGUGAGCCCGGCAGCCUCAGACUCAGGCAAAAGUGAUGAUGAAGAAAGUCUUUGCAAGUCAUCCCAUGGGGCAGGGAAAGGAGCUGCUGAGGAUGGCAAGGACCAUAAGCGCCCUAAACGUCCCAGAACCAUCUUGACAACCCAACAGAGGAGAGCAUUCAAGGCCUCCUUUGAAGUAUCCUCCAAGCCGUGCAGGAAGGUGAGGGAGACUCUGGCUGCAGAGACAGGGCUGAGCGUCCGUGUCGUUCAGGUGUGGUUCCAGAACCAGAGAGCUAAGAUGAAGAAGCUGGCCCGGCGACAGCAGCAGCAACAGCAAGACCAACAGAACACCCAGAGGCUGAGUUCCGCUCAGACAAAUGGUGGCGGGAGCGCUGGGAUGGAAGGGAUCAUGAACCCCUACACUGCUCUGCCCACCCCACAGCAGCUCCUGGCCAUCGAGCAGAGCGUCUACAGCUCAGAUCCCUUCCGACAGGGUCUCACCCCACCCCAGAUGCCUGGAGACCACAUGCACCCCUAUGGUGCUGAGCCCCUUUUCCACGACCUGGAUAGUGAUGACACCUCUCUCAGUAACCUGGGUGACUGCUUCCUAGCAACCUCAGAAGCCGGGCCCCUGCAGUCCAGAGUGGGAAACCCCAUUGACCACCUGUACUCCAUGCAGAAUUCUUACUUCACCUCUUGA